CUUUCAGUGAAAGGCUUGCAUUACCAGAAAGUUACUGGAGGGGAUGAUACAAGCGAGCAACUGUAUCCUCUCUGAAAAGGAAAGUUUGGGGUGUGAUUAGGUUGAGAGGGGGAAAAAAGAAAAAAGCUCUCACAUGAGAGGAAGUGCAUGAUACCAAAAAGUCAAGGGAGCUUGCCAUGCCAAGCAGAGUGACUGCGUGACUCCCUUUGUCAGCACACAUACAGACUCCAGCUCUGCACCUCCUCUGUCAGAGCAGGAGCUCUCUUCUUACUGACUGGACUUCUGAGGGAGCAGGGAGGGACGUCCGCUUGAAUGCCAUCACCCAAAACUGUGAAUGUGACCAUCAGCAAUCGAGUGUCAUCGCCUGUCCCUUGGAGACAGUCCAUGGACCUAAGUCUGAGCCACAGGUUGUUGCAUCCAGGACCAGAUUCUGGGAUUCUGGCCCCUCACCCUCCUUUCUUCCUGGGGUCCCUUAACCCUCAGCAUUGUCCACAGUUUUCACAGCCACACAUGCAGUACAACGCUGAACAAAGGCAAAAGAUGGACGAGAAGCCAGAAGAGCAGCUGAUGCGAAAGAGUAAAAAUGAGCAGAGCGCUGUUGCCAGUUCGUUUGUCAAAAGAAAACUUCGGGACCACAUCAUUAUGAAGAACCAUGAGAGGGUCACUCCCAGCCACCCCAGCCCUCCCCCAGGAUAUGGGUUACCGGUUUCUAACAUGUCCCCAAAGCCGCAGCCAGGAGCCUGUGACCAGCGUCAGGACCUGGCCCUUCGAAGAACAGUCUCAGAGCCCACACUCAAGUGGAAGUUGAAAAAACUCAUCUCCAUGAGGCCUAACCCACUGCAGCGCAAGAUCAGCGCUCCCCCCUCUGUCAAACAUAAGACAGAAACUCUGGACUCAUCCCCGAGCAGCUGCAGCAGCUCCUCUGCAUCAGGAUGCAGCUCACCAAAUGAUACCCUGUACGACCUUGGCCCCCCACCACCAGCUCAUGAGUCUCAACGAAUGCUGUUGAAAAAUGGAAGCAUGGCGCCCAGCUCUCUACCCAUCAGCCCCACCACCAUGCCCAACAUCACAGCUGGACUUCCUGCACAGGCUGACUUGCACAUAAGACAACAAAUGGCUCUCCAACCUGUCUACCUGCAUUCGGAAGGAAGCAGUCAAGCUCUGCUUCAGCGCUUGCAGCCAUUGAUCAUUUUUGAACCACGCACUGGCUUUGUCCACUCCCAGCUCAUCUCUGUUCAUGGCCUGAGUUCUAUCGCUCACCAGCAUCCUCCUCACCUGCCGUCCCCCUCCAAAGAAGGCUUGGUCACUUUGCCUUCUCACCAAACUGUGAAGCGGACAUAUUCAGAGCCACUGCCGCAUAGCCACUCAGCUCUUCCCCCCCGCACGUCCCACCACCAACACAUUCAGCAGCAGUUGUCCCAGGACUACCACAAGAAUGGAUUGGAGAGGUUCAAACUAGGCUCUCACUUUAUUAAGAAAUGCAGCAACAGGCCAGACCUUCAUGAGGAGGACAUGGACCUAGAGAGCGGUACGGGAUCAGGGACAGGGUCGGCUUGCAGCUCAGAACCGGGCUCACUGUGUGAUGACGGUCGGCACCGAAGGCAAAGCAGCGCCAGCACUGAUUCCGUUGGUGACACAGAAUCCAUCACCUCCUCCAGAGACAGCCUGAUCGAGUCUUCCCUUUCACCCAGCCAGAGACAGCUGAACGUCAGAGCAAGUCUGCAGCCGGAUGCGCUGACCGUACCAACUGCCUUUUGGCACAAGCCGGUGUACCGGACGCGCUCCUUACCGCCCUCCACCUCGCUGCUCUCCACCUCGCAGCCCUGCGUGACGGUGCCGUCUCUGACGUUGUCUAACGCCGGUUCAGACGUGAAGUUACGCUUCACUACAGGUCUGGCGUAUGAUUCUCAGAUGCAGAGGCACCAGUGUUCAUGUGGAGACAACAGCCGCCACCCUGAGCAUUCGGGUAGGAUUCAGAGCGUCUGGUCCAGACUAAAUGAAAGAGGGCUGAAAAACCAGUGCGAGUGCAUCCAGAGCAGAAAGGCCACAGCCGAGGAGCUGCAGUCAAUUCAUUCAGAAAAGCAUGUGCAUUUGUUUGGCAACGACACGCUCAGCCGCCUCAAGCAGGACAACCACAAACUCACUGGACCUCAGCCUCUUUUUGUCUUACUUCCAUGUGGAGGGGUUGGGGUGGACAUUGACACAGUGUGGAAUGAGCAUCACACUGCAGCAGCAUCUCGCAUCGCCGCCGGGUGUGUCAUAGACUUGGCGCUGAAGGUGGCACAGAGAGAGCUAAGGAAUGGCUUUGCAGUGGUGAGGCCCCCAGGUCACCAUGCAACCCACUCCUCCCCUCUGGGCUUCUGUUUCUUUAACUCUGUGGCUAUCGCUGCCAAGCAGCUCCAAAGCAAGCUCAACGUCAGCAAAAUCCUCAUAGUAGACUGGGAUGUUCAUCAUGGAAACGGCACCCAGGAGGCCUUCUACGAUGACCCAAGUGUCCUCUACAUCUCUCUGCAUCGCUAUGAUGACGGAAAUUUCUUUCCCGGUAGUGGAAAUCCUAACGAGGUGGGUUCAGGUGAAGGGAAAGGCUUCAACGUGAAUGUCGGAUGGAUGGGCGGCUUGAACCCUCCGAUGGGCGACGCAGAAUACCUGGCUGCAUUUAGAGCUGUGGUGAUGCCCAUCGCACACGAGUUCUCCCCUGAAGUUGUGCUGGUGUCCGCUGGCUUUGAUGCUGUGGAGGGACAUUCUGCUGCGCUGGGAGGCUACAAGGUUACCGCCAAAUGUUUUGGCUUCCUGACUCGUCAGCUGAUGUCGCUAGCCGGUGGCAGAGUGGUCCUCGCCCUGGAGGGGGGGCACGACCUCAAAGCCAUCUGUGACGCCUCUGAAGCCUGCGUUAGCGCCCUGUUGGGCAUGGAGGUGGAGCCCCUGUCCCAGUCUGUGCUGGACCAGAAGCCCUGUGAAAACGCAGUGCGCUCACUGCAGAGGGUCAUCCAGGUUCAGGGUGAAUUCUGGCAGAGUGUGAGGGAUUCUGCCGCCACCGUGGAUCUGUCCUACCUGCAGGCGCAGAGACAAAGGCUUAGGCGGGACUCCGACAGUGAGGCUGUCAGCGCCAUCGCCUCCCUGUCCAUGGGAUCGCUCACAUCUGAGAGGAAACAGCAGGAAAAAAAGUCGGAGAAAAUGGAUUCCCUUUGAGGAAAGAGCUGCCAUGCUGCUGCCUUCAAACUAAUCUCAGUGGAAACUCACACAUUUACACAAAGUUUGGAUCAUCACUGGAAGCAGAUCUCACCUUGGGCAGAAGUUGCAUUGCUGCAGACUGCAGUCCGACCACCUUGAUUCUUGCACACACUGCAGACCAGCGUUCAUUUUAAAUUAACAACAACAAAAACGGAUUUAUGAAGAGCCUUUUACUGUUUGGAAGCACCUAGUGCAACAUGAACAAAUAUGAGAGGAGGCCCGUCUCUGUGACUGAAAAUAUUGACUUUGUUCAUGACUCCUGCAGGACCUUCUUAGAGUCUUUUAGCUUUGAAGGUUUAGUGAAACCAGAAAGGAAGACGACGAGUGAAGGAGAGCCGGCGUGCUCUGUACGCUUAAGAUAAGUCAGAUGAUGAAAAUUCGAUGAAGGAAACAUUCCUUCUGAUCCUCUUGCACUGCGUUAUUUUGGACCUGGACAAGAUGCUAGAAAAGCAUGUUGACAAUCAUACAUCUUGUUUGUUCCUGGUUUUGCUUCAUUUGAAUAUUAGUUUGACCCGUUGGCGACCAAUUCUGGGAAUGUCAGCGGGAGAUAUUUUAAAGAAACCAGAAAUUCAAAGUGAAGCUACAAUGGAGUCUGAUACAUGUGUUUCAUAUUGUUUUCUGUGUCCACAUAUUUUCCCUGAACUUCUUUCUUCUUUUUUUUUGUUGGCAUGUCAGGCGAGCAUAUGCAGCACGGCUUCAGAAAGCUGCACUUAUUGUUGUUGUCUCCCUGACAUGGUUCUUCAAUAUUUAAAUAUGCUGUAGUUUGCCGUGGUGGCGAUAGUCCCAGCCGUGAAGAGCUGGUACCUCUGGUCACUGGGGCGAGGUCGCAGUAUCCAGGGAUGCAGACAUUUUUGCACCCAAUCUGACGUGACCACUCAUGCAUCGUCAACGUGAUGCAUUUAAAAAUCUUAAAACAAUCUUAAAGUGCACUUAAGCAGCCCUCAGACACGAGGGGCCGGAAUCUCAAUCCCUUCUCAUGUUAGGCGGACCAGUGUUUCUUCCUGUGGAUUAGCAUUCCUGCUGUGUUGGAUCUUUGUCUUUUUGAUCAAACCUGAUCAGUUAUUCUCCCGCGAAGUGCUGUCCUGAUUUAGGCAGCAUCUGACCUCUCAGAUUUAGCAGUGAAGUAGCUGAAUGUUCAGUCAGGGAUGUCUGCAUGGUGCAUUUAGACACAGGUUAAGCGCAACCAAAGUUUACAGUGGGCUGUUUCUGGACAAGCAAAGACUUCAAAGACUUUGAGGAGUUUGUGAAUGUUUUUUUUUUCUUUAAUAUAUCCAAACAGUCAAAAAAGCACCAAAUGCAGAGACGUAUAAACAAAUUCAAAUGACAUGACGUGUAUUUAUACUUUGUCUUUGAAGUGCUCUCUGCGUGUCUAACACAGCUAUGAUGGUGCUAAUACAGUAUGUUUGCUUUUCUUUCGGUUUAGCUCUGUCCUGAUGCUGCGUCCUGCGUGCAACAAAAGUCUGUCCGGAGUUUGUUAAUGUUAUGAAAAUGUGAAAACAUUGAGGAAGCAGCUGCGCGUCAGCUUUGAUGGCCCGACAAGCCGAUUGUAGCUAGAUAGUCUGCCACGACAUCAACCUGACAAACCGCAAUGUCUUAACUUUUUGGUCUUAAUUGAUGCUAAAUAAACUAUUUUUGUAAUUGAGCCGUAAAAAAAAAUGGUAUUCAUCGAAAGACCAAAUUAACAAAAGAAUUGUCUUUUUUAACCUGUGAAAGGCUAAACACUGUGCGCCACGUUGUUACUGACUUUUUUUUUCUGUGCAGUACCACAGAUGCUGACAGAUCAUAUGCUUUUUCUUGAUUGUUUCUAUUUUGUUUCCAGAAUUCUCUAAUAAAAGUAAAUUAUA